AUGGAUGCUCAGAACAUUAUUACAGCAUUUAUCUCAUCUGCUAAUCAAUAUUCUCUUUGUCAAACGGAUAACAAUCUAAUGAACUUGCAGAGACACUUGGAGAUAUUAUUGUUGCUAACGAGCAACAACACCGAUUACUUUAGAAGUUUCAAAUCUUUAGCUUCUCAAUGCAUCAUUCAUAUUACCAAUAUUCUUUUAGAUGGUAAUGUUAAAAUUUCUUUGAUUCCACGAGUUUUAACUAUACUUCAGAACUUGGCUAAAGAUUUCGUGAUAAAGAAACAACUUCAGUCCACAUUUCAUGUCCAUUCAGCAGUUUCUGUAUUUUUACAAAACUAUGGUUCUGACUUCAAAGAUAACUUAGUGUUACAAUGUUUUUAUCUUUUGGAAAAUAUCACAUAUGGCAUCACAAUAGAUUACUUAGAAAGCCAUUUAGAACAUUUAAUCAAUGUUUUGCUAAAUAUUGUGGAUAAGGAGCCUUCUGAAUGCUUAGAGAUUUCACUUCAUUUGUUAGCAAAUCUUUGUCGUCAUAAUUUAAAAGUACAGAAGUAUGUCAGUGGAUUAGCAAAUGUUAAGCAAAUUAUUAAGAAACUUGUCAGCAUGUUGCGAAAGCAAGAAUCACACAUUGUGCUUUAUACUCUAGCCAUUCUUGGUAGUUUAACUCCUAGUAAUUCUAUUUUGAGUAAAUUGUGGACUGAAGAACAUUUAAAGAUGACUUUUGAGUUAAUUUUGAAAUUACUCUUUGAAGAAGAUACAAACUGUGCUUUAGCUGCUUUAGAUCUAUUUACAGAUUUAUCUCAAGAUGAGCGCACAAUGCGAAUCGCUGCUCUUGCUUUAACUUCUACUAAUGUUAAACACAUUAAUAGUGCUUUAUCUUUGGUGUUAUUAAGUAAAUGCAAUGAUACUUUUACUGUCUUGAGUGAAAAUUUAUCCCAGAGGAAUUCGAACAUGCAAAGACGUAUGUCGCAGAGUUCAGAGUUGUUAGAUUCUAUGGUUAGUUUGAAUGAAAACUAUGUACAACCUUCAAAGAAAAUUUUAUACUCAUCUGCAAAUACAUCAUCAGAGCUGAAACUUGACUCUGUUCUCAAUAAAAUCGAAACUGGGCUCAAUAUAAAAGAUUUGAAGAGGUCUGAAAUUAUGGAUCUGUAUGAGCAUAAAAUUGCUAUUCUGACUCGAAAAGAAAAGGAGUUACAAAAUUAUGUCGAUGCGAAAACUUGUGCCUUACAGGAAGCUGAUCGUGUUAUGGCUCAGUAUAAGUGCAGGCAAGCAGAUGCUGAUGCUGAAGCUUGGGCUUUGAGAAACAUGUUAAAAGAUUUAGAAUACAGGUAUGAAAAAGCAUCUUCACAACUUGAAGAAUAUCAACUUAAGCAAAAGAAAUUAGAGAAUGAUUUAGAAAAAGCAUGGCAAACAAGUUCUGAACUGCAGAAAAGUAUAAGUGAUCAGAAAGAAAUAAUGCAUACCCAAAUGACAAGACUUGCUGAUCAAAAGAAAAUGGUUGAAGAAGAAAGAACAAAGUUGGUUGAACAAAAUGCCUUCAAGGAGCAGGAAAAAAAGAACUUGAAAUUACAAAUUCAGCAGUGCGAGGAUGAGCUUAAAACAAAGCAUAAGGCAUAUAAAGAGUUGGAAGAAAAACAUGAAGAACUGGGAAAGUCUUUGGAAGAAACCAAAAAAACCCUUGAGAAGUUAAAGAUUAACUAUGAACAAAAACAGCAAGAUUUGGAGAGAAUUAUUACUGAAGCUGAACAAAAAAUUUCAACUCUAGAAGAAAAAAAUGAAGCUCUAGUGAAUGAAAUGGCUGAAAAACAGGAUGAUUUUACCCAUAAAAUAUCUGCAUUAAUGAUUAAAAAUGAUGAACAAUGUGAAAACAUAAAAUGCAAAGACUUAAAAAUAGCGGAAUUGAAUGAAUCACUCAGGAAAUUAAACGAUGCUUUCGAUAAGAAAUGUUCAUCCAUAUCUGAAUUGACAAAAUCCAAUAAGCAGUUACAGGCAUCUAUAGAAGAAGCUGAAGAAUUCAAGGAAAAUUUGAACAAGGAAGUAGAAAUGCUGCAAUUGCUAUGCAAACGAUAUGAAAGAACGCUUGAUAAAAAAGAAGUUGAAUUGAAAAAUACUAAAGAUGAACUAGCAAAAUCAACAGAGGAAAAAAAUAGUCGAAUUAAACAUCUUGAAGAAGAACUUGAUAAACAUGAAUACAUUAAGACUAUGAUUCAUCAGAUGACAAGUGGCAGAGGAGGUCCUCCUAAAACUUGA